UCCGGCCGGCUGGCCAGGGGGCUGCUGGGGGUUGUAGUUUAAGGCGGCGCGAGGCUGCGGCUCCCAGGCCAGCGGAAGGGUGGGGCGGGCUCCUCCCAGCGCGAGGAAAACGGAGGAGGCGCUGAGGGUCCCGGCGAGGCUGGAGGGGAGCCGGCAAAAUGAACGUGGUGCUGGCGGUGAAGCAGUACGUCUCCAGGAUGAUCGGCGACAGCGGGGCCGGCAUGAAGGUCCUGUUGAUGGAUAAAGAGACGACCAGCAUCGUGAGUAUGGUGUACACGCAGUCGGAGAUUCUGCAGAAGGAGGUCUACCUCUUCGAGCGCAUCGAUUCGGCCAACCGGGAGAGCAUGAAGCACCUGAAAGCCAUCUGCUUCCUCCGGCCCAGCAAGGAAAAUGUGGAGUAUCUUAUCCAGGAGUUGCGGAGACCCAAAUACAGCUCUUAUUUUAUUUAUUUCAGCAAUGUGAUCAGCAAGAGCAACGUCAAGUCUUUGGCAGAAGCUGAUGAGCAGGAAGUGGUAGCUGAAGUGCAGGAAUUCUAUGGAGAUUACAUUGCUGUGAAUCCACAUGUGUUUUCUCUCAACCUCCCUGCUUGCUGUCAGGGCCGCAACUGGGACUCAGCCCAUUUGUGCAGGACUACUCAGGGCCUCACCGCCUUGCUUCUUUCCCUGAAGAAGUGCCCCAUGAUUCGUUACCAGCUCUCUUCCGACUUGGCGAAGAGGCUGGCUGAAGGCGUCAAGCAAGUGAUCACGAAAGAGUACGAGCUCUUCGACUUCCGUCGCACCGAAGUCCCUCCGCUGCUGCUGCUCCUGGACCGCUCGGACGAUGCCAUCACUCCGCUUCUGAACCAGUGGACGUACCAAGCCAUGGUUCACGAACUGCUGGGCAUUAACAACAACCGCAUUGAUCUCUCACGGGUCCCAGGCAUCAGCAAAGACCUGCGGGAGGUGGUUUUGUCUGCUGAGAACGAUGAGUUUUAUGCCAAUAACAUGUACCUGAACUUUGCGGAAAUUGGCAGCAAUAUCAAGAACCUGAUGGAGGACUUCCAGAAGAAGAAACCCAAAGAGCAGCAGAAACUAGAAUCGAUUGCAGACAUGAAGGCCUUUGUGGAGAACUAUCCCCAGUUCAAGAAGAUGUCUGGCACCGUCUCCAAGCACGUGACAGUGGUGGGGGAGCUCUCCAGGCUGGUGAGCGAGAGGAACUUGCUGGAGGUGUCCGAGGCCGAGCAGGAGCUGGCCUGUCAGAAUGACCACUCCGGGGCUCUCCAGAGAAUUCGGCAGCUCUUGCAGAAUCCCAGAGUGACCGAGCUGGAUGCUGUCCGGCUGGUGAUGCUCUACGCCCUCCAUUAUGAGCGACACAGCAGCAACAGCCUUCCAGGGCUCAUGCUGGACCUCAAGAACCGGGGGGUUUCCGAGAGGCUUCGCAAGUUGGUGCCUGCCAUUACGGAAUACGGAGGGAAACGGGUUCAAUCAAGUGACCUCUUCAGCCCAAAGGAUGCAGUGGCCAUUACCAAGCAGUUCCUCAAAGGGCUGAAGGGGGUUGAGAAUGUGUACACGCAGCACCAGCCUUUAUUGCACGAGACUCUGGAUCAGCUCAUCAAGGGGAAACUGAAAGACAACCAGUAUCCAUACCUGGGCCCCAGCAGCCUGCGUGAUAGGCCACAAGAUAUUAUCGUCUUCAUCAUUGGUGGGGCAACGUAUGAGGAGGCACUGACCGUUUACAACCUGAAUCGCACUACCCCUGGCAUCCGGAUCGUGCUGGGCGGGACGACGGUGCACAACACCAGGAGCUUCCUGGACGAAGUGUCUGCCGCUGGCUUCCGAGGACGAGGCGCCGAGGGUUCUCAGGGGAUGGCCCAGGCUGCAGCCAGGCGGCUGAACUGAGGUGGCCACCGGCAGCACUGCCACUGGCUCUUCCUUAGCCCUCUCAGACCGAAACCUGUCCGAUGUGGUUCAGUGCUUGCUGAGCUCCACGUUUGGCCAUGGUCUCCUGGAUAAGUGCUGCAGAAGAUCACCCCGAGGCCUCCCUUCACCUAUUACAGCCAGGCAGCACGGACGGGAUGGAAACCGUGGCUCUUUUCCCUCUCCCUCCCUCCCUCCCUCUCUGGUGUAUCUCCCUUUCGUGGUCAGUUCUCAGCUUGCUGUCUGCCUCCUGGUCUGGGAGCUGCCAAGUGGGCCUCCGAGUCCCCCCAGGUGAAUAAAAGGUCACUGUGGCAGAGAC